AUGGAUAGCCGCUUAUUUGAAACAAAAUUAACAAACCAUAAAAUAUUUAAGGACAUUAAAGAGAUUUUGAAAGAAAAUAGUGAUACGAAGUUGCAAAAUUUAUUUGAACUAAAAGAUGAUGUUUUAUACGUUUGGAAUUCGGUAGAAAAUUGUUUGUUUAGUGUCAAUUUAAAACGUCUUGAGGAUCACGAUGAAGAAACACCAUACCAGAAACUCCAUUUGUUAUCGCCUCCAGCUUUCAACGUUGAGAGAAUCAUCAGCAGUGAAUGCGGCAGCCGCCUCUGUGUAUGGGGCUCUAGGGGAGUGACCGUAGCGGAUCUACCUGCACGAUGGGGAAGAGGGGGCCUCUUCGAUUCCGGCAAUCAAACUGUUCUAUGCAAAAGCUACUCCCUUGAUGAAAGGUUCCUGUACUCGCAAGGCGAGAUACUCAAAGUGCAUUGGCAUCCGAAGUCUCUCUCACAUGUACUCGUACUCGUUUCAGACAACACUAUGAGAUUAUACAACAUAGCACUGAAAAGUGGUCCAAAAUUAGUGAAAAUCUUCACAAUAGGCCCGAAGCCGACUGGUUCGUUAGGUCAGACAGUGCUUGACAGUUUAGGAGAUACGGCAGUGGAUUUCAUAGCUACGCCAGAUGCUGAGCACCUGCUAAUACUGAGCGGUAAUGGCGACGUGUAUAUGAUGCAAUGUGAACUGGAUAAUAAGGGUCUCCAGGCUAGUCUCAAGGGGCCCCUACCAAUGUAUCCGCCAGCAGACGAUAACUAUGGGUCUGAGUCGUGCUCCAUCAUAGCCUUGGGUGGAAUCGACACUCCGACCCUCGUGGUCAUAGCCAGUGCUUCUGCUGCACUCUAUCAUUGUCUGCUGUUGCCUAAUGCCACAGAAAAAGAAGAGGACAGUCACGCCCUCUACGUCAUAGAGUCGGUGGAGCUAAACAUUGUUUUAAACACAAACGAAACCGCGCUACAAUAUGUGUAUCCUCUCAAUUUGUAUCCGGUGAAUCGCAACACUUACGCGUGUUCGCAUACUGGCGGAGUGCACUCGGUCACUAUCCCAGCUUUGGACAGAUUGUCGGAUUACGCCUUGGCAGAUGAGAGUGAAAUGGAGUCGAUACUGCAAGCGAUCUGCACAAAGCCCAGCUGCGCGCGCCAUCUUGUGUCCACGACGCGUGCCUGCGCCGCGCUCGCCGUCACGCCGCUGCGACGCGCAUUGUAUUUGUUAUGUAAUGGCGACUUAGUUAUUAGAACAUUAGAUCCUUGGAACUUAGAAGAGCAACUCUACAAAGAGAUUCAAUUGAAAAACCCCGCGUUGGAUCAAGAUGAUAUCAAUAGCUUACUAAAAGAGAGGCAAAAAUUAUCCUUCACUGCAAUUAUUCAAGAAGUGUUAGAUAGAAAAGUGUCUCAGCCGAUACUCAAAUUGGAUAAAAAAGAAGAGCCUAGUCCUCAGGAGUGUUUGGAGCUGCUGACGGCGAGCACGGUGCGGCUGCGCGGCGAGUACAUGGCGCGGCAGCAGCGCGCCGCCGCCGCGCUCGCGCGCAAGGCCGCCGCGCUGCGCGCGCUCGCCGACAGCCACCGCGCCUGGCGGGCCGACCUGCAGAAAGAAAUAGAAAUCGUGAUGAAACAAUCAGAAAGCUUGAAACAAAAACGAGCUCUGGCUGAGAAACACCAGGACGAUUUAAAAUAUAGAUGCAGCGCGGCGAUUCGGUCGCUGCGCACGGGCGGCAGCAGCGCGCAGGAGGUGCGCGCGCUGGGCGAGCUGCUGCAGCAGCAGCGCGCCGUGCGCGCUGCCGCCGCGCGUCUCGACGACCUGCGCCGCCACGCCGCCGGGAAGAGCGACGAGAUAAAGAAACGUCAAGAAGAAUACAAAAAGAAGAACACAGUGCUCGGCAGGUCCCACAGCGACACCAUUUCCUCCAUACUGCAGCAGCAGACGUCUCAAAUAUCAGCUUUAAUAGAAGAAACGAAACUGCUGAAGGAUCAACUUGGCGUUGUU